AUGGCCAGUGAGUGCUUUGAUGCUUUGGAGGCCGAGUGGGGCCACAAGCUGCCCUUCCGCUACAGAUUCGACAUCAAGACGGGCACUUGGUCAGGUGAAGAGUUUGCAGGGCUGGUGCCAAGGCGCAACCUGCAGCUACGACCCACAGGCCCGCAAAGUGGUCGAGUUUGUGGGGAAUUACUUCCACGGAUUCCCCCGGAGCAUCCACAGCACGACAGCUUCGUGUGCGUGGGUGGCCGACGCCUGGACUUGUUCCUGGCAGAGGGCUUGGAGGUGGUCUACAUGUGGGAGCAUGAUUUCGCUCAAUGGCAGAGGGAAGUCGCCGUGGGCGCGGCCCCUUCCCUUGCCGGGCAGUUGAUCCAGCAUUGCGCUGCCGCUGACAAAAAUGUGGUCGCGGCUGACCAACAAGCUGUGGUAUUGCAACUUAGAAUCAACUUUGUUUGUGUUCUCAUGUGUGACUUGACUGCUUGA